CACAAAGGCUGUUGGCUCACCUCUUUCCUGGGUCCUGGACCUGGAGCCUUGAGUGCCUCCGGACGCCUUCGCGAUAGGAGCUGCUCAGCGCAUUAGAGAAGGAAAGCUUGUUUAAGCCGACUUUGAACAAUGGAAGUCAUCGAUCUGAAACUACCCAGCAGAGGUAAGAUCCCCACGAUGUUCUCCAUGCCUAAUCUCUAGUCCCACAGCCCUUCUUGGAAGCACAAGGAAUAGCUGGAUUAGCUCAAAUCAGUUUUGCUAGAGCUAGAUUUUAAAUUGUGCAAACCACUGUUACUUGGUGGCCUGGACCGCAGCUUGGGUGAUCGAGACCAGGUCAGGAUCAAGCCUUCAGCCUCUGGACACUGGCAUGCCUCCAGUCAUUGGAGACUGUGUUAGAUGUUCUGGGAAAGGCCUCCUUCCAUCCCCGGGGUAUUUCUGACCCUGUCCCCCUUGCAGCCAGGUGGGUGGUGUGAGGUGUCUCUGCAUACAUUAGCUAAGCUGAAGCAUGACGGCAGCCUAUAGACGUGCUGGUUCGCGUUCUAAUUAGAACCGGUUGGAGCAGGCUCAGUUAAUCGAGUCUGCUCCACUUCCUAAUUAAAACGCUCCAGCCUUGCCUCACUGUCAUGUGGUUUAAGUGCCCUGCCCCCCACCGCCACAUUUUAAAAUGGCUGUGGGGGUGCUUUAACUAAAGCUCAUUGAAUAAGCUUUAGUUAAAGUGCUCCAAUGGCAAUGUUCAAAUAUGGGGUGCUUAAUAGAUGUGACGGUGAGCCGUUUUAAUUAGAAUGGCUGUUGGGGAACCUCUCUAAUUUAAACAGCCCCUCCCUAUCCCAGGUAUGCUUAUAGGCAACCUUGCUUUCAAAAACGUUGUCCCUAAACCAUCAUUUUGGGUAUGUGAUCCCAAUUCUCCAACUAAUUGCCAAGGAGAAAAGAGUUGUUAUUGUCUGCAUGACUUCCCUUAUUUUCCAGAAAACAAAUAUCACAGUAAUCUCCCCUUCCCACUGGCUGGGCCAUUUUGCAAGCAAAUCUCCUAGCAUAACAGAGCGGGAGAAAGGGGAAGGUGCAUCUUCUCCCUGACCAGGUCCACUCUUGCCUCUUUGGCUGGUACAGCUGUGGCCAUUGCGCACAGGACUAAUGAUUAUAGGUUUUUAGCUUCUGAUGCUGGCUAACACCAGAGCAUCAUCUCCACCCUAUUGGCAAAGACGGGAUUUUUGGCAGAACUAAAUUGCACUAAGAAAAGUGCCUCUUUAGCAGUACCAGCUGCCUCAGCCCAGAAGGGUGGCCUGGAGAGCUCUCCCCUUGUUGCUGUGCUAGGAAACCUUUCCUUUGUAGCCAGGCUACAGGGUUUGGCUCCAGCAGAGCUGCUAGUGGGUGGUGAUGAACGAGAACAACGGAAAUCAACAGAAUCCUUUUCCUCCAUUUCAGGUUUUUCCACCAGUGAUCCCUCUGCAGCGAGAUGCCUGGUGGAUCAAGCUCAGGGCAAUCUUGGCCCAGAGUUUGGCCAGGCAGACGUGGACCUUGACAUUACUGUGAGCCUUCUGCUGGAGAGACUCCAACAGGAGGAGGAGACAAGAGUCACCAUUUACUCCAGCCUGCAGGAAGUCUUGCAGGGGGACAUAAAGAGCCUAGACAGGGACCUUGUCAGGAGGAUCAUCCACUUGGCCUCCAAAGACAUGAGGGAGACCCAGCAAGAAAAUGAUGAAGUGCAGUUGGCUGCAGGAAAAACCCUCGUGGCACUUGCCGGCACCUUUUACAAUUGGGUGAUGUAUGAGCUGCAGUGUCACGUGGGCAUCAUGGAGCUCCCUCCAAUUUACUUCUUGAUUACACUGGGCGACUUGGCCUCAGCCUAUGCACUGAGGUCUGAGCCCUUCCUUGUGCUGACGCUCAGCAAAUUGCGUUUUGUGCUGAGGCUGGUGGAGACCGACCAGAUGAAGCGGGCGCUGUGUGGAGUUGUGGAAGGCUUUGCCCAGGCUGCCAACCUGAUAUUUCACGUCGGGGACGAGAGCCCGUUCCCUAGCUGCCGGGCAGCCGACUAUGGUUUUCAUGUGCUCCCUUUCUUUAAUCUCAUGAGCAGCAGCUGGCUGACAAGCGAGGACCUGGAGCUGCAGCAGGCUGCGGUCAAGGCGCUGGGACCCGCAAUGGGCCUCCUUCUCCACCAUGAGAGGCAUCGCAAUACUGUUUUUGAGAGGCUCCCCUGUCUCCUGCAGCAAUACGAGGGAGGGGUCGACAAUCUUCAUGUCACCAUGAGUCUGAGCCAGCUCUUGGAGGUAGCCUAUGAUUUUGAGGUCCCUCUCCCCGAUGGGAAACUCAAGAGCAUCUGCUUUGCCCUGCACACCCAGGUGUGUGAUAUCGCACAGCUGCCGGGCUCAGAGAACCAGGUCAAGGUGUUCUACUGUCUCCGCCUGCUGGACCAAUUUAUUUCCUUUGUGGGCUCCCGCCUCAAGACUGACAAAGAGGGAAGCUGCGUGGCAUCCCUCUCCAUCUUUAGCGGCAUCAUUGCUGCUGACUUGCCCGAGAUGAGCCAGAAAAAAUGUGCUGUAGUCAAGGCCAUGAGGUGCAUGCUUGGUGAUCAGAGCACUGAGGUGAAGAAGGCCGUCCUUCAUUUCGUCAGGACACUGCUCAGUGUGCAGGGCCUGGAUGACUGGGCCUGGGACUUAGUGGCCUAUAAUUUCAAGCAGUCCAGCUUGUCUAGGAGCCAAAUGCCACAUUUCCUAAGGUUCAGGGGCUGCUGGCGCGACUCCUGGUGAGUAGCCCUGGAGAGGUACUUGCCAGAGGUGUGGGGAGGGUCAGUGGUGUGGGGACACGUGCCUGUAGCCUUAGCUGGAGGAGCACGCUCUGUCUCUUCCCACACUCGGCGCUGCCCUGUGCUGGCACAGUUCCCUUCCCUUUGCAGAGCAGAGCCAGGCUCUGCCCCUGCCUCGCAGCCUGCGGAGGGGCAUGCAGGAUCAGCCUAGCACAGCACUUCAGCCU